UUUAAUUCACGGCUCUUGCUUCGUCAUCUCUCACUCUCACACUCUCAUUCUCACACUCAUCGUAAAAUCUGAUUCAAUUUCUUCUUUACCCUUUUUUUCUCUCUAUUUCUGCUCUGUAAUCAUCAGUUUUUAGGACUUCAUGGGGUGCCACACCAUUGGUAUUGUGAGGUAUUGCCCAGAUGAGCCACUGCUGUGCCUAUCCCGGAAUAAAGUUAAAUCAAAUUUGAACAAUUUUUAUCGUGUUCGCUGUAAUGUGGCAUCCAAAACCUUAGGAGCUCGUUUUCACAACUUUACCCUUGUUCAUCAAAUUACGAGUGAGAAACAUUCACCCCUUCACAGCAUGUGGCGGACUUAUUCUACACCAGUUGGCUUGAAAGAGCAGUCCUCAUCAGGAUCUUCAGGAUACCAUGAUGAUGAAACAGUUUCUGCAGAUCCUGCCAAAGAGAGACUUGCUAAGCCACCUAGUAGCAAUGAGCUGAAGUCAUUGCUUGCUGAUUCUGAGAGAUCAAAACUGGUUAAAAAGUUGAGUGAAGCCAAUCAACACAACCGCUUUCUGAAACGGCAGGUGCAGGAGAGAGAAGAUGCUUUGGUUAAUUUCAAGAGUGAACUUGCUGUCCUGGAACUAGAAAUUCAGGCACUUGUUGCUCUGGCAAAUGAAAUAGAAAAAGCUGGCAUUCCAGAAGGUUCAAGGAAGAUUAAUGGAAGAUACAUCCACUCCCAUCUAGUUGCACGGUUAGAAGCUGUUCAACUGAAGUUUCAGGACCAGAUAAAGGAUGUGGCAGCUGCACAGUCCAGGGAGGUGCCAGUAUUUUGGAUUGGUAUGGCUGAGAGUGUGCAAAUCAUGGGUAGUUUUGAUGGAUGGAGUCAAGGAGAACACCUAUCUCCAGAGUACACAGGUUCAUAUACAAAGUUUUCCACGAACCUGUUGCUCCGUUCUGGGCGGUAUGAAAUCAAGUUUUUAGUCGAUGGGGAGUGGAAGAUUUCAUCAGAGUUCCCAACUAUUGGCGAAGGGUUAGAGGAAAAUAAUCUGUUAGUUGUAGAGUAAUUUUUCUAGUUAUCAAUGACGAAUUUUUAGGGUUAUAGAGUUAUUAACCCAUCCCCUAUCCCCGAAGGAUCUUUAUCAAGAUUAGUACAUCUCAAUAAAAAUGUUAUGUAAGUAAACGGCACGGGCUACUGCCUCUCGAAAAGUGAUCUUAGGUACAGACUUCAUGUGCUGUUAGUCCUCUAUAAUGUACCAAGGUUUUAAAGACAACUGAUCUAAAAUUAUACUGUAAUUAAAAGAAAAACUUGUUUAUAGAGGUAUGAAUCUCAUCAUACUCUUUAGUUGCUUA